AUGAGUGGUCGGUGGGCAAAGUUUGGAAACUGUCGCGAUUUUGCGCUGAUCGGAAAGAACACGAUCGCGAUGGCUUCUGGCAUUUAUGUCCGUUUCCACGACUUUGCGAGUGAAAAGGUACGAGUAGAACGAUUCGCUGGUGGCGAAAGAGGAGACGGCGCGUGCUGUCUCGCGGGACUUUCGGUCGCGCCAAUCUUCUCCGUGAUUGAAAGGAAAGCCAACCCAAGGAUUUCGAUAUUCGCUUAUCCUACGAUGCGAAGAAUCGGUCAGUGCGCCGGAAGUCAAGAAGCGAAUGGCUACUUGUGUUGCGUGUUCGCUGGCACCGAAUACCUGCUCGGUCAAGCAACUUUCCCAGACUUUUGCCUGACGGUUUGGCAAUGGAAAACCGGUGAACAACUGACAAAAAUCAACGGAACGGAUAUGACGAUGUUUGACAUCGAUCGCACGAGACUCGUAUGUUCCACCGAUUCGGCCCACCUGGUAGCACGAUUUAUGCCAUCCACCGGUACGCUUUCAGUGUAUCGCGUGUUGGCUUGCUCGAAUACCGUUCGACUCAUUCCGAUGAAAGUCCACUCGGAGCGCACUGCAGUUUCCUGUUCCUGGUCCACGGACGGAACUUUGCUCUGUUGCGAUAAAAGCGGCACCGUUUGGUCCGUCGAUUUCGAGCAGCAAGCGGACCCUGGUGUUCGAACAAUCGUUCGACCUCUUGACGAAGAUGAUAGAACGAUUUCAUCGCAAAGAAACCCCACGUUGGUGGGUCACGGCGAUGGCAUGUUGGUCGUCGAUCGCGCGACGCACGGUCGCGAGGUUCGAGCAACGUUUUACAGGAAACUUUGGAAAGAUCAAAACGAAGAAUGGCGCCCGGCUUGGACGAUUUCGCUACCGUCGUACCCGAGACACGCAGAAAGCGAUCCAAGUCAAGAUAGAAUCUUAAUGCUUGGGGAGAACGGCGAUCUCUUUGAGAUAAUCGGUCUGCUGCAUCAUUGUCCCCCUCGCCUCGAGUUUCUACUACGAGAUGACACGGGUUAUGCAAAUAUAGCUGCGUUACAUGGCCCAUAUUUAGGAGCUUUAGACCAAAAUGGUCGUCUGGCGGUCAUUGACGUUGCAACUGGUGAACUUGCCUCACCAACUAUACAGUUAACACAUCACGGCAAAGUUGCUGAUUUCGUCUCGCAUCCCGUGUUACCGAUUCUGGUAAGCUGCAGCGUCACGGGAAACUGCCUUUUCAUCGAAUCGUAUCCUACGAUACCUGUCCGAAAGCAUUGCGUUCAUCUUCAACGAGAAGCUUUGGAUCGCGUCAAAUUUUCCAACAGAGGUCAUUUGCUGGGCGUUGGCUCGUCUCAAAUCGGACGGCUGUUCCUCUUGUCGAUGAACGUCGUCGAACUUGAAGAACGUGAUUAUAGGAUGUCAGCCAGCAAAGUCGCAGCCUGGUUGAAUCUUGGGCGAAAGGUGAUCGAUUUUUUGAUUUACGAAAUGGACCAAGAUAACGCGAAAGCGUUACUUCUAGUCACAAACAUCGAAUCGAGCGACUCUCGAGCUGGGGACGAGAUCAUCGUGUACUCGUGUCGACUCUUCGAUCGAGAUCUCUACGUCGAAAACGCGGAUUGCUCGAUAAAACUUUUGUCUUCCUUCGAGCACGUCCACUACGGAAAAGAAUCGAGUUACGAAAUAAUUGGUGUCCCAUAUCUCACGAAACAGUUGCAUCGGCUAGAGUUAAAGGAAGAUUUCCAUAACGCCUUACUCUCGGAAGCUCUACCAUCGCUGCACCAAACCAGAAGCAUCGUCAUCGCCAUUCAUUACACGAAAUCUGGCGAAUCCCCAAACCUGUUCACCUGCGGAUUCGAUGGACUAAUCGUGUGGAGAGACUGCACCGAGCUUCGACGAGUGUUCGCCCUGUUCGCCGCGCACCAUCGUUCCGAAGGUGGUGGUCUACGCACAAUCCUCUUCAACAAUGUGGUCGUUUCUCUGGGUAGAAAUGGGGAUCUUGUUGCUAAUAGAUUACCGAACCGAAUGGUCGAACAGGAGGAUAGUCGAGGUUCAAGAUCAACCGAAUCCUACUGUUGGAUUGCACUCGACGACCGCUGGAAAACGAGAAAAGGCAAACAAGUGGAUGCGACAGAGAACGAAGAGAUCGAAGGGACGGAGACGUGGAUGGAUAUGGUGAGUCGCCAGCGGUCAAUGGCCGAGGAAAAGCAAGCUCUAGCGACUCGUCUCUCUCUUCUCGAUGAUUGGAACAAACUGAAACACCAGGUAAAGACAUUGCUCGACUCGAACGAGACGGCACCGCCAAACGCUCGACUGCCGAUUUCUGCGUUCGAUCUCGAUCAACGUGGUAGAGAGCUCGCAUUAGCAGCGGCCAAAUCAACGGAAAUCGAAUUGACGAAGAACGCCGAGGAAAAAAUCUCGCGCCUGAAUCAAUCGAUACUCUACUUGCGCAAACAAUUUCUGGAUCCCUUGAUCGUCCGACCGAGGAGCAUCUUUUCCUUGUUCGGUAAAUCGAAGGUCACCAAUUAUCCUCUCGAUAAAUUCGUACCUCGGGAGCAGACACAUAUUCCGCCUUGGUGUCAAUUUUCGAGAAGAAUGAGAGAACUUGUAUCUAGAUUGGAGGGCGAAGAAAAUUCACGAACGAUCAACGCCGAGAUCCCAUGGUCUCGUUGCCACGGUUUUAUAGACAUGCUUGAGACGUGCAUUAUCGCGGAUCACCAAGAGCGCGAAUUAAAAGAAAAGUUCAACGAACUGUUUGAAAAGACACGAUUAACGAAGCAAAGAGAGAUGCAAGAGGCGAACGAACGCUCCAAGGAAAUGCGUCGGCUCGUUCUCGAGCUGAAGCGUAUGUUUCACGUGGACGCGAGUGCGAAACUCUUCGAGCCUCCACAGUGGCAUCCAACGGAAAUAAUCGAGGAAGAAUUCGAACGAUACGCGAAAACGAUUGACGAUGCAGGAUUAGACGAACCCGAAAGAAACAACGAGAAUGAGAAGAACUUAGUUGAAGACGAAGUAGAGAUCGAAACAAAAGUCAAUGAUUUUCGUGAACAGAUGCUCGACAGGAUGAUGGACGGUGUACUGGAAGUUAGAUUGGAACACAGUGCAAAGAGAAGCAUUCCGAAACCCGACUGUCUCACCAGGAAAGAUGCAGCUAGUUACACAGAGGAAGACAUUCGGGCAAUCGAGUCGUACGAGAAGAAGAUUCGCGCUAGAGAAGUCGAUCGGCAGAAGUACAAGUCGAUGCUGGAGGCCGAGAUCGAAAGGAUCAGUGGAGAAUUCUCGAACAGCACAAAGUCUUUUGACGACAAAUUGAACAACUUAUCCAAAGAAAAGAUACAAAUCGAACGGUCGAUACUCUCACAGAGAUUGACCAAAAUGCAGGCGAUUCUACAGCAUCGAAAUAUCGUUCAGAUAAGACAGCAGAUACGGCGGACUAUCGAGUUGGAACUUGUACUUGCGACGGAGGCUGACACCCUUGCCAAAGAACGAGAUUUGUUCGAGGCAGGCGUCGCAGAACUAAAAGUCAGCUAUGAGAAAGCGCGUAAACGAAAUAAACAGCUGGAAACGAAGUUUCGAUCGGAGUUUGCCGAAUUAAAACCAUCGGUACCGGAGCAUUUGUUCCGACAAUACCGCAAAAGACCGAGAUUAUUAACAACGCAUGGACCAUGCGGUACGUCGGCUGUGUUUCUCACUGAACUUGCUGUUUGUAUCAUUGAACAGAGAAACUCUGACCUCUUGCCUCGAGAAUGUUUAAGCUAUCUUCGAGCUAUGAAUGAAUUAGAUAAGAUACCGGAAGAACUGUCGAGCCGAUUGGAGCCAGAUUAUUGGCACCUUCUUUGUCGUCUUAGGAGACUCAAGGUAGAAGCGGAGAUUAAGGUAAAAUCAUGCUAGAUGAUAUCAUCUACAUAGUAGUAAAUAUAGUAUAAUAUAUGAAGUUCGAAUGCAGGGUAAUGACAAGUUCUUUGAGUUAUUUAACACGUUGAAUGGCACAGUAGUUUUACAGGGAUUACCCGUGGCGCAAGGGUGAAUUUUUUA